GGGUCACAUUUAAAGUUUAAUCUCUGAGCUGCGCAGGCGCAGAGUCUCCCCUGUCCUCACCUUGAGCUCGGAGCUGAUUGGUUAAUUGACUUGAAGGUUUCUGUCGCUGGUCCGGAAACGGAUCAGGAACUGUUUGGUUCAAGGUUCAAACAGACUCAGAACCGGACCGAGGCAUAAGCAAACUGUGCUGCAGGGAGCUGAGACCGGAGAACGCUGAAAAUAUUUCCCUUAAGUUUAUUUAUUAUUAUUAUUUUAAUGCUCUCAUAAAGAGGAUAAUAUAAGUUCAGUUUCACUCUCAGAUUAUCUGGAAAAAAGGUAAUUUUACCAGGUAGACCCGUAAACUUGGUUCUGUUCUGCUCCAGAGUCUUUCUGGUCCUUGUGGAAAUCCUCCCGCCUUAACAUCAGCAUAAUGAUAAUUCAUGACAACCAAACAGGAAUCUGUCUGAAGGCUUAAUUUGGUUUAUUUAGCCUGAGGUCAGAAACUGGAUUCGUUUUUCAAAGUCUUAUUUUCACCAUUUUACUUUUUCAUUCCAAAAAUGCCACAAUUUCAACCCAAAAUUUAGCUUCCAACUAAACUUUUACUUUCCAAGCCAAAUAUUUAGUUUCCAACUAAAUAUUCAGUUACAGAUUUAGCUUCAAAUGAAAUGACUGAGUUAGCAAUAUAAACAUUUAGCUACUAUGCUAAAUACUUAGCUUUAAAAGUUAGCAGGCUAAAUUAGUGUCGCUUUAUUUGCAUAUGAAAUAGACUUUGUCUUUUCUAGCUGUCAUGGUAACUCAAAGCGGAAACAAGAAAGCCGCAUUUCGCUCAUGCGGAUGUGACGUCAGCGCUGUACGUGCAGAGAGCCCAUUGAAGUUCUUCUAGAGAGUAUUCAGAACUUUAUUGGACCUGGUUCUAGAACCUCCAUUUUCCAGCUUCUGACUCGCCCGGUCCGGUUCGGUUCGGUCCGACCCGGAAAACCUGUUAAAUCUUCUCAAACAUAAGGUUCUGAUGGAGCAGCCAGCCGGGCCGCCGGUCCAGAUGGCCGCAGUGAAAUCUCCAUAAAAGGUUCUGAAUGUAAUCUGGGCCAGAGGCUCUGACGGGUUCUGUAACGGACGGGUUUAUGACGCCUGAUGAUCCAGAUUGUUCUGACACCGGAACCCGUCCGGAGACACUUUCCAUCUGGCUCCGACUUCCAAGCGGGCCGAACCGAGCCGGUCCGUAAGCCUGUCCAGAACCAGAACUGACAGGAAGGAAUGUGUUUAAUGUCUGAGCUGCAGGGCCAAACCGGAACCAGAACCAGAACCAGACCUGCGGUCCCACUCUGCACGUCCGGGUCUGACCUGGUCGGGUUCGGGGGAAGUUCUGCUGAAAGAAGCAGCAGGUGUUUCUGAGCAGGAAGGAAGUCCAUUGUUGUGGUUCUGCAUUCCGGGUCGGCAGCCGAACCAGAAUAGAAACCCGAACCUCUGAGGACGUUCCAGGAGGAAGCCUGUCUGUUCCUCUGACCCAGCAGAAGACGGAACCAUGAGCGAGCCGCCGAGCUGCCGGAGCUGCAGCGAGUCGCUGAGCGGACAGACGGUCAUCCGGGUGGCGGAGGAGCCGCUGUGCGUCCGCUGCCACCAGCGGCGCCACGCCAACACCUGCCAGGUGUGCGAGCAGCUGAUUGGACACGACGAGAAGGAGCUGGUGCACCAGGACAGAUUCUUCCAUGAGAACUGCUUCAGGUGCUGCAGCUGCAACCGCUCUCUGGCGGCCGAGCCGUUCACCCAGCAGGGCGGCGCUCUGCUCUGCAGCUCCUGCUACUGCAGCCGCUUCUCCUCCCGAUGUGCCGCCUGCAGCCAGAGCGUUCAGCCAGGGUCCCGGAUGCUGGAGUACGACGGCGCGGCGUGGCACGAGGACUGCUUCCUGUGCAGCGGCUGCAGGAAGCCGAUCGGAGCCGAGGCCUUCGUCCCGGACGCCGGGCGCUUCUACUGCCUGGCCUGCUACGAGCAGCAGGUGGCGCCGCGCUGCAGCCACUGCAGGAAGGCGCUGACUAAAGGCGGGCUGACGUACCGGGGCGAGGUGUGGCACCGGGACUGCUUCCUGUGCUGCGGCUGCGGCUGCGCUCUGGCCGGGCAGACCUUCACGUCGCAGGGCGAGCGGCCGUACUGCGUCAGAUGCUUCAGCAGCCUGUACGCCAAGAAGUGCGCCGCGUGCAACACGCCCAUCACAGGUUUUGGCGAUGGGAAGUACGUGUCGUUCGAGGAGCGCCAGUGGCACCAGCCGUGCUUUAAAUGCUCCCGCUGCUCCGUGUCGCUGGUCGGGUCCGGGUUCUUCCCCGACCGGGACCAGAUCCUCUGCGCCGACUGCAACAGCGACGACUGAACACCGGAACCGGUUCCGAACACCAGAACCGGUUCCGGACACCAGACCUCGUUCUGCUCACCGGAUCAUCGCACCGCUUAUGUUUGGCACAAAUCAUAAAAGGUUGAAACACGAAACCGUCUGUCUGGUUUUAUUCGUUAUUAGAACCGGGUCGGCCCUUUGGUUCCAAAGGUCGAUUUGGACCAGAACCCGGUGCUGAUGACCCGAUUUACUGCUGGGUGAGUCGGAAACACUCGGGAGAUUCUGGAUCGUCGGCCCGGUUCUGAUCCCAGCAGCUUCCUGAGGCUCUAAUCCGGGGAUCUGGACUCGUCGUGUUUAGGAGUCGAACUGACUGAUCAGAACCUCCCGGUUCUUAAACGUAUCUUUGGGAAGAUCAGAGG